UCUUGAGCGGAAUAAUCCGGAUUGCAGCAGGUGGUUACCACUUUUAAUAGCAAAUAUUCAUUCCACGUCUCCAAGUUUGAUUUACAAAUCAUCUUCUGUUUGCAACUAGUUGUUGUACACUCUGUGCCUCUCAAAAGAAGUGUUACAGGAUAAUUUUUUCAAAAUGGGACCGAGUAGUGGGGUGCAGGAAUACUGCUUAAGAUGGAACAACCAUCACAGCACGCUGGUGUCUGUGAUGGAUGCUCUCCUUCAAAAAGGUAGCUUGGUUGAUGUUACCUUGGCUGCCGAAGGAAAAUCUAUUCAAGUGCACCGUUUGGUUUUAUGUGCCUGUUCAAAUUACUUUCAGGAAUUACUUUCAUUGCAUUGGGACAAACAAGCUGUGGUAUUUCUAAAAGAUGUUAAGUUUGAUCACUUGCAAGCACUUGUUGACUACAUGUACAGAGGAGAAGUGAAUGUAUCCCAGGAUCAACUAGCUGCAUUUCUAAAUACAGCAGAGGCCUUAAAAAUCAAAGGGUUAGCUGAUGGUGAUCGGGACAGAAAGAAUGAAAAGCGAAUUUUGGAUAAAGCCAUGCAUUCCUCCUCUCCAUCAUCAUCAUCAAUCACCAAGCCAUCCAAACGAGUUCGCAAACAAUCCAAAGAAGAUUCACCUCCAACAGACAAAACCCAGCUACCUCAACACCAUUUGCCUUCUCUUGUUCGCAUUCCACCUGCAGUCACAACUCCUGUCUCAGCGCCCAAUGAUCGAAAUGAAAGUCCGAUCCCGUCUCCUACAGAUAGCCGCCCUGAUGACGAUUUGCACUCAAAUUCGGCAGCCGAUAAUCUAAACAUUGAAAUUGAAGACGGAGAAGAAUAUUCAAUGGUGGAACCCAAAAUUGAAACUGAGCUUGAAGCUGAUUACAGUGGUGGUAGUGGUGAUGAAGAGGAUUGGAGCGAUUCAGAGUAUCCAUCUAGGAUGGACGCAUCACGUGGAGAACAAGGCUGGAACGAUGACGCCGAUGGACAUAUGAGCGGAGAAGGACAAGCACAUCUGGAUCAUGUAGACCUGAAUAAUUCUGCAAGAGGAUUAGUCGGCAGGUGGACGAAGCAAACGUACGUUCGCGCACCACCGAACAUGACCCACCACUUCCACCAGCACGAUGCCACCACCGCCGACGCCAACACGUCCACCGACACCAAUCUAUCCAAAUCGGGGCGAAAAGUUUUGCCGAACCAACUGGGCAGGUACGAGUGCCAUCGAUGCGGCCGCUCAUACAACCUGUACGGCAACCUUCGACGCCAUUGGCGCUACGACUGCGGUGACCAACCGCCCCAGUUUGCUUGCACGCUUUGCGGCCGCCUAUUUCGACGCCGUUCCAACCUGCGAGCCCACGCCAUCCGCAGCAACUGCCAGCCCCUCACUCCCGUCAACGUUUGAGCGAACGAGGAAAUCUUACGUGAAAAAAAAUAAAUAUAAACAAACCGUCCAUUUUCAACGAUUUUUUAUGCAACGGAUAUCCAUUUACCUUUCCCUAUACCCCAUCCCACCCCCCACCCCUUCUUUUUUUUAAAUUCCCCUUAAAUUAUAUAUAUAAUUGCUAUGAUCGAUUUUUGCAGCUAUUUUUUUUUUCUUCCUUGUCUUUUUGUUCUAAUAUUUGAUGAUGGGCGCACCAAAAUUUGGCCACCUGUUUAAAUAGCUUUGGCCAACUAUGAUUAUUAUUAUUAUUUUUUUUUGCUGAUGUGAUUCCGGCCGAUUAUCAAAAUGCUUUACCGAUAAUAAUGGUGGUGACGACCCAAGGAUGAUAUUUCGUGCCCUCCUAAACCCUAUAACGUGUAAAUUUUUUUUUUUUUUUUUUUCGGAUUACGUAUGUGUAAUAUUAUCAUUGAGGAAACCAAGAUAGCUCUCCAUCCAACGUACGCGCAUAAGACUAUAGUUAAGGAAAAGGGCCAUCGUUGGCUGCAAUCUAACCCACUUUUAUUUGUCUUCGGUUUUAAUCGCUACAUUAAAAGAUUAUUAAAAUCCAAUCUCCCAAUCCGAGUUGUCUGUUGAUCGGUCCUCUAAGGAUACACUGUGUGUGACGCUGUGCCCUGCAACAGGGGUUGCACCUGACAUCCCCCUGUCUUUGUGAUGCAUUUUUUUUUUAUUACUAUUAUUAUUAUAUUGUGAGUGUAUGUUUUUUUUUUGUUUUCGGUAAAACUGUAAUUUUUUUUUUGUCUUUUGAAUAUUCCCUUCUCUUUUUUGGGGGGGCGAAUUUGAGGAACAAAUCGUUCCAAUUCGGUAUUUGGAAAAGAUGGACGUGACGACAGCCCCCCUUUUCUGCCUCCCUAUAUGGUAAAUGAGCAUCGAUGCAUGCUCCUAUCCUUCGACGAUACCGUGCUUUCGUAAUGAUAUUUAAUGGUGAUUAGGGCCUUGAUUUUUGCACUUUACAGCACACACACACACACAGAAACAAACGCGUUUUUUUUUUUUUUUGUUUGUUUGUCUUUGUUUGUUUUCUUGGUUGGUUGGUUGUGCUAACGACGCGUCCUUUGUAUGGCGACGCCAGUCAUUUUGACUGCUACCCACCCAAAGCGAACUAAUUACGAAUACAUCGAUGCCUUUCUUUUGUGAUUCUUUUAUAA